UUUCGUCAAUCGAGUGUUAACUGGAUUGACAUUAUUAUCAAUGUAGAAGGACGUAGGUUUAAGUGUGCUGAAGCACAUUAUCCUCCUAUUUAUGAAUAAUUUUAAGAAUUAUCUUAAAAAUAUCAUAUAUAAUCAAAAACUAUAAUAAGAGAGUAAAAUUUGCAACUCUUGACCCAUAAUUUAAAAGCUCAGAACUUUCCUGGUGUCUUAUUCUACAAACAAAGAUAAUGACAGUUUUAAGGAUACUCGUCUUUGUAAUUUUCAUAAUUUUUACAACACAAAAAACUUUCCAGCCAAUCAUGUUUUACACCAAAACAGCCAAUAGAAUCUUUUUCUUGAUUUCAGUUUUGGAAUCUUUCAAUGAAAAAAAUAAAACAUUCUUUCCAGGAAAUUAUUGGGAAAACUAUAAGUAGAACUGAAACAGAUAGCUUGAAAAACAGAUUACCCAGUUUUAGAUCCUGGGUGCAAUGGAAGAUCAAAGAGUAAUGGUAAUCCAGGAUGCAUCUAAACAAGUAUGUUCAAGUGCCAUUAAAUGGGCACUUCAUACCUUAAUUCUUAAGCCUGGAGAUUUGCUUCUCCUUCUUGGUGUCCUUCAUCAGGUCAAUCAUCCUACACCUGUUGUGUCUCUCAAAGGAACAAGGAAGCUUGUGGGAUAUAGGAAGAAAAUGGGUUUCAGUUCAAAGUUUGCAGCAAAUCACACAAUUGUUGAUAGGGAAACAAGGAAGGAGGAGUUUGAGAAUAAUGCUGAAAUUUUAGAGAUUUCAAAGCUUUGCAAAGCACAAAAGGUUGAGUUUAGGAUAGAAGUAACUUCAGGAGCAUCACCAGCAGUUGUGGCUAUCCAAUCCGCACAAAAUGUGAAGGCAACAUGGGUAAUUCUAGACAGGAAGAUGAAGAAAAACAAGAAAAUCUUUCUGGAAAAGCUUCCAUGUGGGAUAUCAAGGAUGAAGAAAAACAAUGGCAUCAAGUUAUUGAGAGGACCAAGAACAAAAUUUUGUUUAACUUAUGAUGAUAUGAUACCUGGGAACCCUGAAGAAGAUGACCUUUUCAGCAUUGAAGUUUUCCCAACAUGUAAAACUAUUUCUGAUAAACCUGUUUAGUAUUGGGUUAAUACAAAAAUUAGUCCCCCAAUUACAUA